CUUUUGCUUCUUCUUUUGCUUCUUCUUUCUUCUUAUUGUUCUCAGCAUUCACAUCCUACUGCCUUGAUUUGUCCAUACUUUAUCUCUCACCAUUCACUCUUCAAUACUAAAAAUCGUUCUCUACAAAGAAUGCAAACUGACAUGCCCAAGCUUCCCUCAAUUAAACUUUUGUUAGACGUUGCCUUGGCAAGAGAUCAACCUACAUUGUCUAAAGAAGAGCAACACACACAACACACACAACAUCAACAACAUCAACAUCAACAUCAACAUCAACAGCAGCAACGCCAACGUCAUCAAUUUGGCCAUCGUCGCCAUGUAUCGGACCAAACAGCUGCGCUUCCUGGAUUGUCGCAAACAUACCAGAAGAGGAAACAGCCGACCUGGCCAAUGAUGCCCACUAUUCCAAUGUCCCCUCACGAACCACCUAUUGGCGGUCUGCCUGGACACAUGCAGAGCCUAUCACUAUCAGGCCACUCACCUGCGCCGGUCGAACCACGGUUGAGUGAGGACACUUUACCCAAUUUCUCAUUUGGCCCAAUGCACGCCCCUCGGCUACCACCCUCGAUGCUUCUCCAUCGACCAGCCAGAAAUAUGCACUCGAGAUCUUUUUCGGACUACAGCCAUCCUUAUACCCGUGGCGCAAACAAUGGUCCUUACCUAGCCCCCUUCACCACAAACAGCACAUCCACAUCUACCACACCCACUACCAUGACCAGCCAUCGCCGCGCAGUGUCCACAAAUACCUUUGAUCUCCCUCUCCCCAUUCGCCAAGAACUACCACCUACCCUUUGCUCUUCAUCUUCUGCCUCCACGAUCACCAGCAACCCUCCCCUCAGUCCAACCUUAUCCGCACCCCAGUCUCCUACAAGCGAAGAAUACAUUAGCUGCUAUUCGGACUAUUCUGAUGAGCCUCAAUCCCAGCCGCAGAAUAACAAUAAAAAUAACAAUAACAAUAACAAUAUAUCUGAAGAAGUAUCUAGUGCGACAAACAAGUAUCAUUGUCCUUACUGCAACAAGGGUUUCUCUCGGCCAUCUUCUCUGCGGAUUCACACCUAUUCCCACACUGGCGAAAAGCCAUUCGAGUGCCCGGAAGAUGGAUGUUCCCGGAAAUUCAGUGUUCAAAGCAACAUGCGCCGUCAUCUCCGCGUCCAUCGUCUCGGCCGUACCUUUAAACGAUCUUCUAACGACCGUAGUGAGCGACCUAUCCUUGCUCAGAAACCCAUUGCCGCAAAGCCCAGCUGGAUUGGUGUCAAGCAAUAG